CGCUCAGGCAGUGACAAUAUGCCCGCCUUACGCCUCAGGGGGAUGCAAUCAUUAUCUACCGGCAGUGCCUGACGACAACGUCAGCUUAGCUUGGACACUUUUACUUCUUCCCGACCCCCUCAGACGCUGUUCUUUUCUUUUUCAAUCUACUUCUGCGCCUAAUCAGCCCGUCCCUCCCCAGCAUCCUCACUAAAAUACUUGCCUGACACUUUGACCCUUCUUACACCUUCUCCUUCACGUCAUAGCCGCCCGAAACCUGUCGCCGUUGCCUUAGCGAGUUCUGCUUUCUAUUUUGUGACACAGCACACGACUGGCGUCAAGUUUACAAUUGCUGCGCUUGGGCAUGCCAAUCGCCAGCCUACACCGAUCUAAUUGUGAAAGUUGAUGAGCUGUUGAAAAACAGCCACCUAAAACCAUGUCAGGCCCAUUUCAGCGCCCUCCUUUGCACACGUCCAACUCUAGCACUAGCAGUCCACUAUCUCCCCAUGCAGGCAGCGAUACUCCUGUAUCUUUCAGAACGAAUGUGAACCGUGCGAAAACGAAACGUUGGGUCGAGGCGAAGAAGUACACCUACGACGGCGAUGACUGGGGCGAAGAUGAGUAUGGGGAAUAUGAAUACGAUGACGAGCCGCCAGUCCCACAGGUUCCGCAGCCUGGUGCGAAUCGAAGCAAUCCGGAUAUCUCGAGCACCUCAAAAGGAUCUUCACAUCCGCCUCUGCCUAAUAUGGAGAACGCUCAAACAGAGUCAACGGGGAAUCCGGCGUCGUCCAACAGCCCUGAAACACCAAUUGUCCGUCCAGCGGAGAUCUAUAAGCGGAUGCAUGAAGAACAGAAAGCCACGUCUGCGAUGUCGCCUCCUACGAAUAGUGUAGGUGCCGGGUUUUCCGAAACCACUGCUCCCCUUCCCGUUCAAGCAGACGCGGAGGGUGCCAAUACUUCAGGUAUUCAACCGGCAACAGCAAACGAGCCUCCGACCCUCUCUCUGCCGGAUGUGAAACGCUUGUCAGGUUUUGGUUCUAGUAUUCUUACGGAUUCUGAUUCAACACCUCAAAGCAAUCAAGAUAAGCCAGACCAACAACACCAACUCCAACACAAUCCUUCUCUCGGAUUCCGCUCAGCUGUCAACCAAGCAUUCGAUGUUCCCGACACCCCAAGUACAAUUGCUGAUAGUGUAGCUCGCUCGAAUAGUGAUAGCACUACGGGAAUCAGUCCUAUUAUCGCCCGAAACAAUAAUACCGAUGAUAAAACCCCAACUAUUCACGAAGAGCCCAAUGAAAAUGCAGAGACACCGACCGAAGCCGGCAUUGUCUUUAAGCCAGGGCACCGCCGGGACUUGAGCAUUCCCAGCCCUGGUAAUAGUCCGUCUCGCAGACCACAACUUGCUGGCCCUGGGACUAGUGUUUCUUCUGAAUUGGCUCAGCUUUCUGCUGCGACACCCGCAGAGCCCCCUCUGGAUCAUCCGCAAUCCUCUCAGCAGGAACAUCAUCGAGACACGGCCCUGCCCUCUCGAGAAACACCAAUGCAGGACCUACCACCACCUCUUAAUGUUCAAACCAAUAUGGCGCCUGGGCCAGGAGUAUCCUCGGAGAACAUUCCUGUGAUCAUCCCAUCCAUGAGCUCGGACAAUUCUCCCGAAGACACGGAGAAUGACCGGCUGAGGAAGGAAAUUAUUCGUUCCUUGAGCAGAGAGAACACUCCAUCUGAUCACCAGGACAAUGAUACACCUCCUCAGACGAGUGGACAGGACACCCUCUUUCCACAUAAGGGUGGGCUAUCAGCCGCAGUCCCGCAGGCUGAACCCGCUAGUUCCAUGUCCAACGCUAUUCCAGAAACUUCAGGACCUUCAAUUGAGCAACCAGCUCCUCUCUUAGCACAGAAUACACAACCCAAACUUAAAAAGCGGUUUUCUUGGGAAGAAUCGUCCGACGAGGAAGAUCCUACUCAUCUUGUCACACAACCGCAACCCGCUCGACCAAUGCCGGGUCAGUUCCCAUUGUCUCAAGAAAACGUUCACCCGGAGUCUGAGGCAACGCCAACAAACGAAGUGCCCAAGACGCUGGAGGAAGGAAGCAGAGACGAACCUGAAAACGCCGGGCUUACGACCUUGCCGCCCUUGGCGAUAGACACUACCGACAUUUCGUCAAGUGCUCCUGGUCAUGAGCCUACUCUCUCGGAGACACUAGUGCGGGCAGAAGAGGAAGAAUCCUACAGCCCCAAGCAUCAAGCUUUGGAGCCUUCAGCACCAAACCCCUCUGCAUCAAUCGAAUCAGGCUUACUUGGGUUUAAAGAUAUCCUCGGUAAACAGUCGCCCUAUGAACGGAUCCAGGCGUUUGACCGGACUCGAGACCAGUUCGCAGCUAUUGAUACUGGCUUAAGCAAUUGGGUUCAGGUUACCCUCUACGCCCGUCCAGAGCAUGCUGACGUCGUUGAGCGCAACUCGAAACCGCUAUCCGACGAAUUCAAAAACAGUUUACCACGCGCAAAAUUCCCCAAGCUAUCGUCCUUGGGAAACCUUGCGUCUUCGCUUCAGGAUGGAUCUCACUCAACAUCGGGCCAUAUUAGGCGGCCCUCCGCGACCCUUGGCUCUGUGAGGCAAAAUCAGGCAGGGAAGGAUUUCCUGCACACUGCGGGAGUAUUGGGUGGCCAUGCCGGCAAAGCCGCUAAGGGCCUAUUUUCAAAGAGCCGGAGUAAACUGAAGGGAGUGGGAGGAUCCGAAAAGGUUUAGACCUAGAAGACACCCAGGACCUGCUUGAUCCUCCUGCGAGUAGACCAUGGAUGAGACUGACAAAUCAGUUCGGCGACGCAGUGACAACACGGGGUGGGGAAUAUUCCU